UGUCUCAAAGUUUCACCGAAUAAGUCGAAGGCAUUGGAAGUGGUGGCGGAUGUGACUAAAAAUGAAGAUCUUAAACGACUUGUAGACACAACUGUCAAACACUUCGGGAAACUCGAUAUUCUGGUGAAUAACGCCGGCGCCGCUAUUAUGACUGGUGUUAGUGAUAAGCAAUACUACGAGAAUCAUCUGAAAGUAAUGCAAAUAAAUCUCAAUUCUGUGGUCUAUUUAACGCAUAUAUGUGUCGAGCAUUUGGAGAAAACUAAAGGAAAUAUAAUCAACAUCUCGAGUCUCGCGGGUAUGAGAACCUCUGUGGGCGGGUCCUCUUAUUGUGUGUCUAAGUGUGCUCUGGAUAUGUUCACCAAAUGUAUGGCCGCAGAGUUAGGACCCAAACGUAUUCGGGUGAAUGUGAUCAAUCCCGGACCCAUUAAGACCGGCUUUCUGACAGCUAUGGGUCUACCCAACGACGCGUCCGACAAGUUUCACGACGGAUACGCCAAAGGAUUGCCUGUCGGCCGGUCUGGUAUUGCCGAGGAUGUGGCCGAUUCCAUACUAUACCUGGCCAGUGACCAUGCUGCUUUUGUCACCGGCACUAACCUGCUCUCGGAUGGUGGUGCUCUUGCCGCUAAUCACCUUACUUUUGAGUUUUAAGAUUUUUAAGUUAUAUAACAUUUAUGUCACAAUUAUAUUAUUAUUAUCAUGGUUUUAGUUUUAUGUC